GACAAUUCACACAACUUUAUAGUGAUGUGACCAAUAGCAUCGCGUGAUUCACGUUCCAUAUUCAAACUGUAUGACGUUUAGUGCGCAAAGAUUAUGGAACGAGUGUUUACAGACAGUUAAAGUGUAAACAGAAUCAGCGAGAUGUCUCAGCCAAUGAAGCGCUCGUUCAGCUCGGAGGGGGGGCACGCUUCCAAACGCGAUUGGAAGAUGAGGCUCAGUCUUCGAAGCCGCAGCGGGCACAGCGUCGAUGCCCUGCGCGGUCGCCGAUGCGCCUCCCUGCGCUCAGCGGCGACCCCAGUUCGAGGUACUGACGACUCCGGCCGAAGCACCCCCUCCGCGGCCCCCCGCGCCUCUCCGUCCCCCGCAGAUACUCCCGCACCCAAGAAAUCCAACUGGGAAGUAAUUGAACAUUUUUCCUCCAACCGUAGCAAGAAAAGUCCUACUGCCGUGGAAUCCGAAGGUGGCGGCCCAUCAUCUCCGCCUGCUCUACCCUUGUGCCCGUCUGGUAGACCAGACGCAGACGUUCAACCGCUGCUUGGUGAUGACCCCGGCAUGGAGGGUGGUGGUGCUAGUGGUGGUGGAGAUGAUGAGGAAGACACCGAGGAGGUCACCUGCUGCGAGCAUUGCGCCGAAAACUGUCCACCUCAUAUGCGCGCCCUUUGCGCUACUCACAGAUUUGACAACCUACAUGUGGAAAUGCUGUACCAGCGCUACUUUCUCCGCAUGAACCAGACGAAUAUGACAUACCUGUUGGCGCUACUGCUUGGAGUGGCGGUGGCGCUGACGGCGGUGCAGAUACGGACGCUGCUCAUCGCCCAGGACUUCCUCGGGCUGAUGUCAGUAACCAACAUAUCUGAACCCUUCGACCCUGAAAAUUACAGACCCCUAUUCGGCACCACUUCCCAACUGAGGUUGCUGUCAGACCAGACUACGUUGUUGGAGUUCACCAGCGACCAGAGAGAGAUCUACGAGAGGGAGCGCAUCGCGUACAUCAUCAAUAUCAUCUUGCUUAUACUAUCUGCAAUUGUCUAUGCGUGUCUGCUGGCGUGCUUGAGCCGACCGGCCAUGAAUGAGAUCUACCUGCUGUCCAUCUCGUACGUAGUGCUGGUUACCUUCGUGACCGUAGAGUUGUCUCUGAUAGCCAGUACCUCCGUUGCAAGAUCCCUGAGCGUAAGCGGCGGUGCAUGUGCGCUGUUCACCUAUUUGACGUACGCGACACUGCCGGUACGCCUCCAUGAGGCUACGCUGGCCGGCGUGAUUCUCGCCACCCUCAAUAUCAUCUUCGCUCACUUCGUACUCGGCCGAACAUCUGACCUACAAAUCUACUGCAGCAUUGUUACCUUGCUCGCAUGCAACGUCUCCGGCGUUCUGACUCACAAUCCCCGUGAGCUGGCGCAGCGGCGCGCUUUCCUGGAAACGCGCGACUGUGUCGAGGCUCGCCUGGUCACCCAGCGGGAGAACCAACAACAGGAACGUCUGCUGUUGUCGGUGCUGCCGCGCCACGUGGCCGUGGAGAUGAAGGCCGACAUUGCCAGCCAGCCGCGCCAGGAGCAGUUCCAUAAGAUUUACAUUCAGCGCUACGAACACGUCAGCAUCCUGUUCGCGGACAUCUGCGGCUUCACCUCUCUAUCGGACCAGUGCACUGCCGAGGAACUUGUGCGCCUCCUCAACGAACUCUUCGCCAGAUUCGACCGUCUCGCUGCUGAACACCACUGCCUGCGCAUCAAGUUACUCGGCGACUGCUACUACUGCGUGUCGGGACUGCCGGAGGCGCGCGACGACCAUGCCAAAUGCUGCGUUGAGAUGGGCCUCGAUAUGAUUGACGCUAUUGCCCUUGUCCGUGAGGUGAUGGCCGUAAACGUGAACAUGCGCGUGGGCAUCCACACCGGCCGCGUGCACUGCGUCGUGCUGGGGCUGCGCAAGUGGCAGUUCGAUGUCUGGUCCAAUGACGUCACCCUCGCCAAUUACAUGGAGAGUGGAGGCGUUGCUGGACGCGUGCACAUCACUAAGGAAACUCUUCAAUGCCUCGGCGACGAUUACAAGGUGGAACCCGGCAUGGGAGGGCAGCGAAACGCUUACCUGAAGGAUCACAACAUCGAGACUUACCUCAUAGUGCCGGAUGACACCAGCCGAGUGGAUAAGAAGCCACAGCACAAUUUCGCAUUGAAUGGGAAUGUGUCGAAGGAAAUGCGAGUGAUGGGCCACGGCUCCCAGCACGGCAAACACUCCACCAAAAUCGAUGCUACCAACGAGAACAAGAAACCAGAGGAUGAGGUAAACGACUAUCUGAUGAAGGCAAUCGACGCGCGCUCCAUUGACCGCCUGCGCUCCGAACACUGCCGCCCCUUCACACUCACCUUCAGGGAUGAAGUCCUCGAGAAGAAGUACACGUCUGAGCGCGACCGCAUGCUGAAGGUGUACUUCAUCUGCUCCGUCCUGGUUUACUUCGCCGUGCUCAUCGUUCAACUACUGGCCUUCGAUAUUACUGUCCUGGGAUAUGUCUCGAUUGCAGCGUGUGCCCUGAUCCUAAUCUCAGCCACUUACAUCAUCAUCUGUAUUAGUUUCAAGCACACGCUCCCCUGCCUGCGUCGGUUCUCUGAGCGGGUGCAUAACAACCGCACUCUUGCGCAGACAUUGUCGUUCUUGGUGGUCUCCGCUAUCGUCAUACAAAUUCAAGUUAUUAUGGUUCAGAGCUUAGACAAGGAGAUCGUUCUCAAGCAACCAGUGCAGGGCAAAGAUGACAACACACAAUGCCCAUACGACGCCAACGAGCACUACCUGCAACUGACGUUAACCGUGAUGUUCCUGUGUGCGGUCCACCAGAUCCUCAUCACCAUGGUGAAGACAUUCCUAUUGCUAGUCAUCUCUGCCACCUAUGUCGCCAUCACCACAUAUGAACACCUCUAUAAUAACAACUAUUUCGUGGACUUCCAAUACAAAUGCGGACUGGACUGGAACCAACAGUGGAUGAACAUCGUGAUCGUCCUGGGCGCUACUAUUGCAUUGAUUUUGCAUUCGCAACAAACGGAGAGCACCUACCGUCUCGACUUCAUCUGGAAACUGCAGGCCAACAACGAGAAGGAAGAGAUGGAACACUUGGAGGCGUACAACCGCAAGCUGCUGGCUAAUAUUCUGCCCGAACAUGUCGCCCAACACUUCCUAGGCAGCGACAAGAAUAUUGACGAGCUAUACCACGAGCAGUGCGAGUCAGUGUGCGUGUUGUUCGCAUCCAUCCCUAACUUCUCGGAGUUCUACGUGGAGUUGGAGGGAAACAACGAGGGUGUUGAAUGCCUGAGGCUGCUAAACGAAAUCAUCGCAGACUUCGAUGAGAUACUCGCGGAGGAUCAGUUCAAGUACAUCGAGAAGAUCAAGAGCACCGGCGCCACUUACAUGGCUGCCUCCGGCCUCACAGCAGCCACCCGUGACCUCCGUGGUUACCGCCACGUGACCGCAAUGGCGGAUUACGCCCUCCGAUUACGCGAGCAGCUGCAGUACGUCAACGAGCACUCAUUCAACAGCUUUCGCAUCCGCAUCGGCAUCAACAUCGGACCGGUGGUGGCCGGCGUGAUCGGUGCCCGCAAGCCACAGUAUGACAUCUGGGGCAAUGCCGUCAACGUCGCCUCGCGUAUGGACUCCACGGGUCUCCUAGAUCAUAUCCAGGUGACACAGGAGGUGUAUGACAUCCUAUCUGCGCGGGGCUACCGGCUCCGCUGCCGGGGCACUGUGGACGUUAAGGGCAAGGGCAACAUGGUCACCUUCUUCCUGGACGGUGUCGGCGAUUCCUCUGACCCAGGCGCCAGAGAUAUUUACAACAAUCCCACACCGUCGACGUCUGCGGAUGGCGAGGAGAACAGCACUGAGCUAGAGGGCAGUAGUUCACGACCCGAACAUCGCCCACUCGAAACUCUCUCGGAAGGCUGCACUGACGAAGAUGGCGGCCCAUCGCCCAGGGCUUCGAUUCCUACAGAAAACCAGAAUGGCACAGUGAGUCCACGACUCACGAACGGCGCUUCCUCGUCUCGCGAGAGCGUUGCAAGCGCGGUCCGUGCACGCGUUCUGCGACGCCUGGAGCGUCCACGCUCGCUUGCUGACGCUGCCACUCUGCCAGGCAUGCUGUCACACCUACACCACCGCACGCACUCCACCGAGCUACGCUACCGCGACCAGAAGAACAACUCGCUGAGGGACGUCAAGACAGCAGUGGCGGAAUCCCGCAGCAGCGGCGAGAUUGAAGCGUUGCUAGAAGGUCAGGGACCGCGACGCGCAGCCAGCCUCGCCGACAUCCUGUUCAGGAGGAAGCCGAACAAGAUGAGCUCGGUCGGUAUCAUCGAAAAUCCGAUGAACGCAAUGCAAGACUUAAAUUCAAGACUCACACCAGAGGAUACAACCUCUGGCUAA